AUUUAUAUCCGUAGCGUCAUAGAGGAUCAUUAACUUCUCCACACUUUCUCAAACUUAUUAAAUUAUGAAACAUGUGCUGCACCUGAGUGCACCUUGGUCUCCCGUGGUGAUUGGAGGGGUGAGGAGGGAAGUCUGGAAGCCCCACCCUCCCCAGAGCCAGCCCAGCCCAGGAUCCCUCUCUUUCUCUCUCCCUUUUGGCAGACAGUGAAGACGUUAAUCUCGUUCAGCGGAAGCAGGUUCCCUUCAUUUCUGUCCUGAGAGGAGGCCUAACAGGAGCGGACCCCAGGUCACCAUGAGCUCUGCCAUCACCGGCUGGGAGCACCCCGACCCCCUGCAGAGGGCGGACGACGGGCUCAACUGUCACCAUGAUGGCCAAGGCGGGAAGAAGGCCGGGCAGGCCGGGAGCUCCAGCAGCAGCCAACCAACCUAUAGCGUCCUGGAUGUCCCACCGUGGUACCUCUGCAUUCUCUUGGGCAUCCAGCACUUCCUCACGGCCCUGGGGGGACUCGUGGCAGUGCCGCUCAUCCUGGCCAAGGACCUGUGCCUGCAGCAUGACCCCCUGACUCAGAGCUACCUCAUCAGCACCAUUUUCUUCGUCUCUGGUCUCUGCACUCUCCUGCAAGUGUUUUUAGGAGUCAGGCUGCCCAUUCUCCAGGGAGGGACAUUUGCUUUCGUGGCACCCUCCCUGGCCAUGCUCUCCCUUCCUGCUUGGAAGUGCCCUGAGUGGACAUUCAAUGCCAGUCUGGUGAACACCAGCUCUCCUGAGUUCACCGAGGAAUGGCAGAAGAGGAUCCGAGAGUUGCAGGGUGCCAUUAUGGUUGCAUCCUGUGUCCAGAUGCUAGUAGGAUUCUCAGGCCUCAUUGGGUUUCUCAUGCGCUUCAUUGGCCCCUUGACCAUCGCUCCGACCAUCUCCUUGGUGGCCUUGCCUCUCUUUGAUUCUGCGGGCAGUAACGCUGGGGUCCACUGGGGGAUUGCUGCAGUGACCAUCUUCCUCAUCGUACUGUUUUCUCAGUACCUGAAAAAUGUCGCAGUACCUGUGCCGGUUUGUGGAGGAAAGAAGUGCCACACGUCUAAGUUCUACCUGUUUCAGGUCUUCCCGGUGCUGCUGGCGCUCUGCCUCUCGUGGCUUCUCUGCUUCGUGCUCACGGUCACCAACGCCCUUCCCACAGCCCCCACGGCCUAUGGGCACCUGGCCCGCACUGACACCAAAGGCAAUGUGCUGAGCCAGGCUCCUUGGUUUCGCUUCCCUUACCCAGGACAGUGGGGUCUCCCCACCAUCAGCCUGGCCGGGGUCUUUGGGAUCAUUGCAGGGGUAAUCUCCUCGAUGGUGGAGUCCGUAGGCGAUUAUUAUGCCUGUGCCCGGCUGGUGGGGGCCCCCCCGCCUCCGAGGCACGCUGUCAACCGUGGCAUUGGCAUCGAGGGUCUCGGCUGUCUGCUGGCGGGGGCCUGGGGGACAGGGAACGGCACCACCUCCUACAGCGAGAACGUCGGGGCGCUGGGCAUCACCAGGGUGGGGAGCAGAAUGGUGAUGGUCGCUGCCGGCUGCUUGCUGCUGGUGAUGGGCGUAUUCGGGAAGAUAGGGGCUGCCUUUGCCACCAUCCCGACCCCAGUGAUCGGAGGCAUGUUCCUGGUGAUGUUCGGGGUCAUCACUGCCGUGGGGAUCUCCAAUCUUCAGUAUGUGGACAUGAACUCAUCCAGGAACCUCUUUAUCUUUGGCUUCUCCAUCUACUGUGGGCUCGCCAUUCCCAGCUGGGUGAACAACAACGCUGAGAAGCUCCAGACAGGGAUUCUCCAACUGGACCAGGUCAUCCAGGUGCUGCUGACCAUGGGCAUGUUUGUUGGUGGAUUUCUGGGCUUUUUCCUGGACAACACCAUCCCCGUGCACCUGCAUUCUAGAAACAAAGCGUGGAAAGACCCGCCCUUUGACGGUGGGGCAAGGAUGGUGCUCCUAGAAGAUUGUUCCCUCCCGCAGCAGCGGGAGCUCAGGGAACGCCCCUGCGAUGGGACUCUGGAUGGACCAGGAAGAGAAGGAAGCCUGGAGGAGAGAGGCCUCCUGGUGUGGAAUCAGAUGCAGGAGGACUCCGAGGAGACUGCAAAGGCCUUGGAGGUGUACCGCCUGCCCUGCGGGAUCGGCACCAAGGUCUGCACGUCCUCCUGCACCCAGUACCUCCCCUUCUGGCCCAGGCUGGGAGCCGGGAGCCGGGAGCAGGGCCGGAACCUGCUGGCCCGCCUCUUCCAGGACCCCUCGGGAGCACGCGGGAAGGGCGCCUCUGAAACCAAGCUGUGACAAGAAUGUCCUCACGCCCGCCCCAACGCGCUCUUCACCCCCCUCCCCAACCUCAGGAGCUCAUCCGCAUGGCGAGGAGGGGUGGGCACCCUGCACGCAGGGUAGCCAGAUGAGUACUGAUUACGGCCAUGAGGAGGGUGCUGCUUUGAUACACUUGGACGCCACAGCCUUCCACGUGCUCCAGCGAAAACCAGGCACCCACCUCCAGCGUCAGCCCGUGUGACCCACGGUUCGCCCAGAUGCGCUGGGCCCACACGUUCUCGGUCAUACUUUGAUGCCUUGGGACCAAGAGGCCUGGGGUGGCAGAGGGGACGGAGGUGGGGCUGUCUGCUGGAAGGCACCGGGAACAGUUGUCUUCGAGCCCCUCUUGUCCUCCCCUCCCUGGCACCUGCCCCUGGAGUCUGGCGCCUCAGGAGAGAUGAGGAGGACCCCCUGUUCCCCCAGCGCCUGCUCUGAUCUCCUGGUGCUCCAGGCCGCCCCUGGCUCAAGCUGUUUGUGAUGGAAGAUUCUUAACGUGGACGUUCUUGGAAUCGAGUGCCCGGACUCUGGCUUAGGCUUUGCCCGCUCGUGCAGGCUGCCAAGGAAUCAGAACCCACUCCACCAAAUGGCCUCCCUCAAGAGUGCAGCAUGAACUCCUGCCUGAGUUUCCAGCUGUCUGGUCUGCCCUGCAAAUUUCAGAUUUGCUGUCUCCACCAUUAAUACUUAAACCGAUACCUACCCCCGUACCCUUACCUGUCCUCUGGGGUCUGUUUCUCUGACAGAUAGGUGCUGACUCAUACGGGACGAUAUCAUCAGUCAAGACACAGGAAGAUACCUUUGUAGGAAGAGGCCUCGGUGGGGAGGACGGCAGGGCAAGGCCCAUCGGAGGGGAUGUUAAAGCGACACAGACGUCCUGGGCUGCACCACAGCCAGUGAUCCCUGCGGGUGGGGAGCAGAGGGCUGUUGGAUCUGAAGAGUGGAGGCAGGGACACUCCUAGCACAUGGCCACAGGGAGAAAGGACACAGCAUUCCCCUGAGGUCUGCCCUGGCCAGGGUCCGCUGCCACACAAUGCUCCAGGACUGAGGGCUGCACCGGAGUGGGUGGGGGCCACUUGGAGCUGGCACGUGUUCCUUGAGGACCUACUCUGUGCAGGCACCUCUGUAAAGGCUGAUUUCUCCUUUCCCACAUACUGGAUUGUCCUUGACCUUGUCCUUGGGGGCCUGGACGGGGGUAGGUGUGAGUGCUCCUCUCUCCUUCCUUCCCAGCACCCGUGUGGGCGACCCCGGGGAUAAAGGCCUGCCCGCGCCUCCUUUGGGUGGUUCAUCAACAGUAGUGUGCUGCCUACAGUCCUUGCAGAGUGCCAUGCGAGUCCUUGGGAGUGCGCUGCUGAUAGGACAGAGGGGAGGCGUGAGCCCCGGGGCUUAGGGCAGGCAGACAGCGCUCAGGCCCUAACGCAUAACCCACACGCCGGGUUCUUCCAGAGGAGAUGGAACAGCUGAAGUAUUCAAGAGGCCUUCAGGGCACAGGAGCCUCUGUCACGACGACGGGAAACUUGAAAAAGCCAGGGAAGCCGUUCUCUGCUCGGCCGGCGUGUUAGUCUGGGUUCUCCAGAGAAAGAGAGCCCUGGGGAUGUGGGACGUGGGUAUGUGUGCACGCACACACGUCCACACACGACAUGCACGCGCGUACACACAUACACAGGGAGAGAGAGGUGUUCAGGAACGGGCUGUCCUGACAAUGCAAGCUGGAAUGUCCAUCAUCAGCAGGAGAGUUGCUGCUCGUGUCUGAAGGCGCUUCCCUCCCCCUCGUGGGAGGCCAGUCUUCGGUUCGAUUGGAUCCUCCAGCUGACUGGAUGAGGUCGACCCAUUUCAGGGAGGCUAAUGGCUCCACAUUUCCUCAAAGUCUGCCGGUUCAGAUGUUUAUCUCACCUCACUACACCAUCCUAGAAACAUCGAGAAUCAUGUGUGACCAAGUGUGUGGGUACGGUGGCCUGGUCAAGCUGACACAUAGACUCUACUGUCCCAUGCAGUGUGCGCGCCCGGGAACCUUGCCAGAAAGCAUUCAGAACCCGGCGGGAGCGGGCUUGAGCUUCAUUUAGGUACCAGAUGAGGCAGAUGAAGCUCGUUCUACCCUGAUGUCCUAUAGCUCCUAUAGCACAGGCACGGUCAGCACCCUUCCUGGGCUGCCACAGCAUGCAUGAUGAGCAAGGGGCCUCCAGAACUCUCUAGAACCCACCAGAACUAUGCUCCAAACCCAACCUUUGCCAAAAGUACCUGGUGUCCUGGUACCUCUGGGGACAAACCCUGCCUGUCCUUUCUUGAAAGGCCCAUGGACUGGGCUUCAGCCAGGCUGCACCAGGUCCCCCUCAGUGGGAGCAAAGGAAAAGCAGGUGUGUACCUCGCAGCGGGCCAGGUGACCUGACGCCAAACAACUCUGAAAGACUGACACAGAGCCACACUACUUUUAAAGCCUUUAUAAUAAUCAGAACCUCAAACCAACAAAAUGCUCUGGGACAUUCUGCAAUAUCCCGGAAGGGGGAGGUGGGUACAGCCUUGGCUGCCGGCAUUAAUACUUGGAAACUGCCCACCGCCUUCACCCCGUCCUGUCCCAGCCAUUCCGUGUCACAGAUCUUCAUCGUCAAAGGUCUCCAGGCACCUCAGCAUUACCAGCUCAUCGUCAAUGGGCUGGUCUGGUUCCUGCAAAACGUAGGGUGGCAGAGGAUCAGCGUGUAGUUAAGGAAUCCAGGCCCCAGGCAUGUGGGACAGCCCCGGCACCUUCCGCAGAGUCUACCCCGUCUCUGGCUGCACCUCCUUCUCCAGCUUCCGGCCAGGAAGUAAGGGCUCUAGGCGGUGGGGCGGGGGCAGGGUUGGGGGGAAUGUCCCAUUUCCGUUUCACGCAACUGCCACAUUCUAUGAUCUUAAGAAAGGGUUUUCCUGGACACAACGGAACUGGAUUCUUUUCCAUACCGAACACUUCCAGGAUCCCAUAAGCCAGAGGGGAGACCUCUCCAAGCUUUACCCAAAUGCCCCUCGGUGGAGGACAGCGAAUUACACCAGGGUGCCCGCCAAGGGGAUGCCACACAGCUGUUUGAAAUAACAGAAAUGAGGUCGUUCUCUGGGGGAUAUACUAUUUAAAAAGAAGAGGGGGCAUCUGGGUGGCUCAGUCACUUGUGU